AUGGCAGACGGGGCGAGUGCUUUGGCGGCCGCGCCGAAUGAGACGCUGUAUAUCCAGAACCUCAAUGAACGUGUGAAGCUUCCUAGUGCGUACACCCUGCUGACCCCAGUUAUGAAGCAGUCGCUCGAGGCGCUCUUCAGCACUUUCGGCCCGGUACUGUCGAUCGUGGCACACAAGAACUUGCGCAUGCGCGGCCAGGCGUUUGUGAGCUUCCAGGACAAGGACACCGCAACACGGGCAAUGAAGGAGGUAAGCGGAUUCCCUCUGUACGGUAAAAGCAUGGUGUGUGCAGCACGACUUACCCAGCGCGUAUCGUAUGCGCGGACGCCCUCUGAUAGUGUCGUGGCGCACCAUGGCGGCGCGCCGGGGACUUCCGAGGCUGAGCAGGCGCUUGAAGCACACAAAGCGGCACGGCUUGCGCAAAAGCCGCUUACGCGGCGGCGAAAUAUCCACCGGCAGCGGGCCCUGCAGCGCAAGAAGGAGCAGGAGCAGGCCAUAGCCCGUGGCGACGUACCGGCACCGGCGCCGCGCCGCACCGCGCCGGCACGCGCACAGGCAAACCAGCUUCCCGACGAGUAUGUGCCGCCGAACCGGAUCUUGUUCCUGCAACAGAUGCCGUCUACGGUGACGCGCGACCAGCUGCUGGGCAUCUUUGGUUCGAUGCCGAAUCUCUACGAAGUACGCACUAUUCCUGGACGUACAGACAUUGCCUUUGUCGAGUUCCACGACAUUCCAUCGAGCGUCGCAGCGCGCGAGGCGACAAACGGCUAUACCUUUCCCACCGGCGAGCACCUCAAGGUCUCGUUUGCGCGUGCGUAG